AAAAACAAGAAUAAGUUGUUUCUAUUAAUGCGUAUUUGACUUUACCGCGCAAGUACUAAUCAGGGACAUGCUUGCUAUCUCUUUUUAACAUUCAGAAGUCGCUCAGUGUUUGUAGCGUUUGGUGUGGUCUUUCGCUACGUUUCGUCACAAGAAUUGAAUUCCUACUCAUUUGAACAGUGUUUUUAGGCCUUCGUCCGCCAUUACUAUCGAAAAUGCUGGUUUAUCAUUGUUUUGCUCAUUUAUCGUACUAGACCAGAGUGCGCUGUGUGAACAUUGUGUUAUUGGAUCCAUAAAAGUGUUUGAGAAGUGUAUCAUUUCCUGUUCCAUAUCGUAGAGAAACAAGCAACUACGACCGCUUGCGAACUCUUCGUAAUCACAAGCGCGCCGGACGCAUUCCGUCGUCGCCUUUCGUCUUCCGUGAACCGGCGGGGGACUGAAGCGGAGAAUGACCGUAAAUGACACCCCAGUGCAGUGCAGAACUCGUGUAGUGUUGUGAAAUAGUGCCGUGUCGUUACAUAAGGUCGGGAUGAGUGAGGUGGGCAGCCCGCCCUGACGCGUCUCGCGCCGGCGUCUGCGGCGGGCGGCGCUCGUGUCAUGGCCCCGGCGCUCUCCGUACUGCCUCAGUUCUCGUGCCUGGAGCCGGCCGCAGAGCCUGACGAGCUUCCUCUCCCUAGACGGGCGCUCGCGUCCGUCGAUAACCGCGCGCCCAUGGACGAAGACGAUAUGGGGCUGCAGACCCAUCCCAGCCUGGCCAAGGACUCCCAGGAAAUGGAACAGAUCCUCGUGGAUCUAGGCAACAGUGACCUUGGGCAAGCCGACCUGUUCCAAGCCAUCAAAACCCUAGAGAGUGGAGGUGAUAACCUCUCCACAGGUGACCCGGAAGCUAUAUUCCCUUUGAGCGGAUUCGACUUAACCGAUACAGCUGACUCUGAAGGAGAUGCAGCCGAAGACAAAAUUAGACUAUUACAAGCUCGUUUGGAGCGCCGUACCGCAUUUCUGUUGCGACGGUUACGAAUAUUGCAAGGACGGGCGAUCGGAAAGCGAAUAUCUGAAGAAGUCGCUCAGACUUUUGAGAAAAGCACCCGUGGUGCUAGGAAAGAUGGUGCGGGAAGGCCUAUGGGGUUAAAAGCCUUAUUAAAGAGAAUAGAGACAACUGCUGCUCUUCAGGCCAGUGCUGCAUCUCGAACGGUGGUUGGUCCUCAGUACUAUAAAGCUGGGACAUCAAAGGGUGAUGCAUCGAGAUCUGCAUCUAUUGGCAUUUCUUCUGGCACUCUGGCUGGGUUAGACGACUCUGCUGGGGCCCUGAGAUCUCACCUAUCUGUUGUGAAAAAUCAGCUGGACUCUGAUGCUACUGCCUCUUCAUCGGGGGCAGAAAGCAACGAUGAGGCAGUCACCUACAACAAUGUGCACCAGCAGCCCAUGCCAAUAGAGAAGCGCGCGCUGUGGACCUGGCAAAAGACGCGCGCGUCCAUCGCGUCGCGCUGGUGCUGGCUGCAGGUGCAGGUGCAGGAGUUGGAGUACAAGAUACGACAACACAAUGAUCUCCACAGACAGGUCCGCGAAGCCAAAGGCCCCGUCCAGUUCGAAGGCGAGCCAGUGGGCUACUCGGGCAGUCUGCCCGGCGACUCGGCCGAGGAACCCACAGACUCGUGUACUUGUGCUCGCGUACGGCCGCUGCGGAGGGAUGUCUUCAACAAACGCAAAUUGCUGCAGAUGCACAACCUGCACAUUGCGACCAACAAGGCUGCCAAGCCUUCUGAUGUCAAAUGCAGCUGUCAGUUCCGCGUUGAAAGCUGCGCCGUUUGUACCGGAAGGGCGGAAGCCACGCAACCCUUGCCGCCCUUCUCGACCCUCGCGCCCGCGCAACGGCUGGCCCUGGUCGACCCUGCCUACCAUCCUGUCCUGAGUGAUAUAAAAGAUGUAUCACCCGCCAUCCACACGGCAGCAUUAUCGUCGCGCUCGUGGUUCCGGUCGCGCUUCGGCAAGGCUUGGCGCGGCGCCCACCACGCGCCCACACCGCGCGCCGCCCAGCACACUGCAACCACACUGCAACCCGUCACGCCCAGACCUGUCCGAAAAAUGCCCACCAGAUUGAAAAGAGGUCGGCCGCCGCUGUCGCGCAAGGUCGCUAAAGAACGGGACCGAGACGAAGACACUUCCACCUCAGGACACGAGAGACGCGGACGCAGCAGUACCGAGUGGCGUACGAUGCGGCGCCAGUCGUACGACAUCGACAACAUCGUGAUUCCACAGAGCGUGGCGGCCAGCACCAGACCCGAGAUACUGACCUAUAAGGAGAUCAUCACACCCAAAUGGCGAGUGAUGGAGAUACCAGAAACGCCGCUAAACAACGGUGUCUCUAAAUCUAUACGAAUGUCCAUGGAGAGUGAUGACGAGGACAUAUCAGAAGUGGCCGUGGCAGCGCGACACACACGAGCGGAGUCGCGCGAGCGCAGUCGCUACAUGCGCAAACAGAGGACGCGGCGAGCCAAUACAGAGGCAGAAAACAAUGUACACGAGCCGCCGCAACCGCAACCACCGCCACAGCCGCAGCCGCAGCCACCAGUCUUCCAUGAGACAGUGAGGCCGUACUCUCCAAGGCAGUUCCCACUCCGUGAGACCCAGUACCAAGAAAUGCUGGCCACCAUGCCUGAAGGUUUCCGGCCCUGCAGUCCUGAACCCACCCCACCUCGGAUAGACGAAGAGUGUGAUGACUCCAGUACCAUGUCCCCGCUAUCACCUCUCAUCUUUGAAGGAGACGACCCUGAUGAUGCCGAGUGGGAGCCCAGUGUUGAGAAGUCUGAGAGACGAAGGAGCAUGCUAAGGUGAAGAGAGCAUGCUAAGUGAGUGCUAUAAUUUUUGUUCCCCACUCGUUUGAUUAGAAGACUAUUAAAUAACCAAAAUGUUUGUCGUAAUGAAUCUAAAUUGUUUGUUAAUAUUGUUCAUAUAAAAUAGUCUACUUUCUCUCUGUAUCGUAAUCCCCAUUGCUAAAAGUCGUAAUCCUGUUCAUUAAACACAAAGAUUAUAAUGUUAGGUAUUUACUUGACAACAAUAUAGAGAGCUCCCAGUUUUUUUUUAUACAGUUAUAUACACCAAGAUAAUUUACACAUAUUAUGAAAUAAUAUUAUGGGUUGCUGAGGAUAAUAAUCUGGUGGGCACCCUGACUUUCCCAUAUAGGAAUCCUUUAAAAGUCCACUAACAGCCCGUUCCCACUUGUCGGCUGUCGGGUCCAGAUUUUAAUCGGAUGUUCCAGUGACAGAACAUUUUGACACAAAAUCGGUUUCAGACAAGUGUGUGAAUAGCUUCAUAUAAAAUGUUUUGCCACUGGAACAUCCGAUUAAAAUCCGGGCCCGACAGACAACAAAUGGGAACCGGCUGUAAGUCGUCAUCAUAAUGUACAUAAUAUAACUUACACUGUACAUGCAGAAGUAAUAACAGUUAGUGUCUGUUUGAGAUCACUAGUCCUAUUUUGUACAUUCCAAUGUACAAUGUACAUAGAAUAUUUACCAGCUUUAUAACACAACCAAGAGAGCUAGCGGCCGCGGCUAGUUAUCACCUUACGUUUACGUUUUUAAAAUUCAUUUUCCAUCCUUUUCUUAGCAAUAUUAAAAAAAAGGGAUGCAAAUGUAAGAAAGGCUACUUUUUAAAGGCUAUUUUAGAAAGUACAGAUUUUAAAAGACCUGAAACCAACCCUGACGACGUUGCUGCGGGCAUCAUCUAGUCACUAUACCCACUAGCCAUAUUUUAAAUGUGAAAAUGUGUUUGUUGGUUUGUCCUUCAAUCACGCCGCCAUAGAGCAACGGAUUGAUGUGAUUUUUUGCAUGCUAAAGACCUGGAGAGUGACAGGCCAUAUAUAGACCCAUAUAAUAAAGCCUUUUGCUUUUAUAACAUGGAUUAUGACAAAAUACCUUCUAAAUAAAUGAUCAGUUUUAAUCUGAGCUAUGAUUUUGCUUGACUUUUUUCUUUUUAUUACUAUCUGUAAAUUGUUAUAAAAAAGCGAUCGCUGAAAUAAAGCUUUAUUACUAUUAAGAUAAGGUUUAAAAUUGCAUUGUAAAAUAGUUGUAAUUCUUGUAUAAUAUAAUUAAUGAGUGUUAAGUGCGCUAUAAUGCUAAGUUCGGUUAAUUCUCGUCUAAGAUUUUUCUGAGCCGAGAGCUAGUAGAAAUUUUUCUGAAGGUAAUUGAUAAAUUGAAUCCAUUGAGAGUCCAUUUAACUUGCUUCGCCGCUGCGGGUCAUAUAAAAGCAAGUGCUAGACUAAUUCUAUAUCGGGAUGUUGCCUACAUCAAAAAUAAAUUAUUUCUUGGUAUUUAGUUUACUAAUUGGACUUCCAAAAUUCGUAAAAUGGUUUUAAGUUUA